AUGAUGGUCACUCUUGUACUCGCUAUCGCUAUCACAAAUCUGGAAAGUGACAAAGCUGAUGUCAUCACCGAAGCGAAGACGUUAAGCGUUCGCCAAGAUGCUGAGAAGUCGAAGCAUGAGCCACCGGGAUGUGGACGAGACCUUGUCGCGACAAGAAGGAAACAAAUGGUGAACUGCAGUCUUGGUUACGGAUCCGACCUCAGAGAUCAGUUCCAUUUCUGCAACUAUAUGAUCUCGGUGCGUGAAGGAAGGAAAAUUGAGGUAGAAGUCCUUUCGAUCUCUCGUGGCUAUGACAAACCUGGGUGUGUAAGUGGAGGAAUUGAGAUCAAAGCUCAAAAGGAUCAGAAGCUGACGGGUUACCGGUGGCGUCCUCUCGUCUCGGCUAGUCCGAUGUCGUCGUACCCUAUCCAUCUUGCCUGCAUGAGUACACCUUCUGUCGAACAGUCAGAUGCACGUGUGCGUGCAUUGUAG